UUUGAGAUCGUUCUUCCUCUCGCAAUAGAUUCAUCCAAAGCAGUUCGUUCCAGAUCGACGAGAUUUUACGAUGCCGUACUACACGAGGGACGAUGAGGCGGUGGAUGACUUCGACGAGUACGAUCCGACGCCUUACGGCGGAGGAUUUGACCUAUUUCUGACAUAUGGCCGUCCAAUUUCGCCCUGCGAAGAUACCUGCUACCCGCACUCUGCUGGCAACGAUGACGAGUUUGAUUACGAGCGUCCCCAGUUUGAAUCCAAUGCCCAGCCCUCAGCUUAUGGCGACGACGCCCUCCAGGCUGAGUACAGCAGCUACUCCCGCCCUAAGCCUCAUUCUUAUGGUGCUCCGCCUCGUCCUGUGGAACAAGAAUACGGAUCUGGUGGCUAUGAGUCUGCUAGGCCCCAGCCGGCUUAUGGGUACCAGCAAAGUGGAUCCGAGUACGGAUCUGAAGGAUAUGGUCGGAAAUCGGAGUCCGAGCAACAGGAGUACGGAUCUGGUGGGUAUAGGCGGAAACAGGAAUCGGAGUCUUACGGAUCUGAAGAAUACGGAUCUGGUGGGUAUGGGCGGAAACAGGAAUCGGAAUCUUACGGAUCUGGUGGGUAUGGGCGGAAACAGGAAUCGGAAUCUUACGGGUCUGGUGGUUAUGGGGGGAGACAGGAAUCCGAUUCUUACGGAUCUGGUGGUGGUUAUGGGCGGAAACAGGAAUCGGAUUCUUAUGGAUCUGGUGGGUAUGGGCGGAGACAGGAAUCGGAGUCUUACGGAUCUGGUGGUGGGUAUGGGCGGAGAGAGGAGGGGGAAUCGGAGUCGUAUGGGUCUGGUGGGUACCGGCGGCAGUCGGAGUCUGAAGAGUACGGAUCCGGGCGAAAACAGAGUUAUGGGGAAGAAGAGGGGAGUGGGGGGUAUGGGAAGCAGGAGUAUGAGAGUUCUGGGUAUAGAAGGGAGAAGUAUGAGAGGCCAAAUUAUGGGGAUGAGGAGCGGAUGAGGCCGAGCUAUGGGCGGUCGGAGGAGGAGGAUUACAGGAAGCCAAGCUACGCGGAGGAUGAGGAGCGUGAGUAUGCGUAUGGGGAAGAGGGAUAUGGGCGCAAGAAAUACGGUGGUGAUUCUGACGAGGACAGCCGCCGCCACCAUCACCACCGCAGGAACUACGAGGAUGAGUGAGUGAGUGAUGGCCGAUGGGCGUUCUCAAAUUGGCACUAAAUAAAAGGUUGGGAUGCCCACAUUGGCUGCUUCUCCGCUCAUCCAACUGUGCUGUGUUAUGCUUUGUUUGCAUGAUCAACGGUUGAAUGCUUUGUUUGUGUGUGUGUGUGUGUGUGUGUGUGUGUGUGUGUGUUUUUGUUUGCUUGUUUGAUGGUUUUGGGACAUAACUCUAUCCAUCUACUUCUAUACUUCAAUCAAGUUUAUGAUGAAGCUUUGAUAAUUUUUCUGUUCU